CUUUGAGGAAGAAACACAAGUCGACUAGGUUUAGAGGUACACGCAACAGGAGCCUUGCACUUGAGAAAGGAUUUCCAGGGUGAUAACAUGCCAAGGAUAUAGGCUGCUGCUGCUGUGCUAAUACACGAAUGUUUGAAGAAAUGGCCCCACUUCGAUCCUCAGGAUAUAUUGAUCCUGGAUGGGAACAUGGCAUUGCUCAAGAUGAAAGAAAAAAGAAGGUCAAAUGCAACUACUGCGGGAAAAUAGUUAGUGGUGGAAUAUUCAGACUGAAACAACAUUUAGCUAGAAUGUCUGGUGAAGUUACUCAUUGUGUUAAGGUUCCUGAGGAAGUAUGCUUCAAUAUGAGAAAAAACCUGGAAGGAUGCCGUUCAGGUCGAAAGCGAAGGCAAGCUGAAUUUGAACAGGCAUCUUUAGCUUUCCACUCUAAUGAGUAUAAUGACAUGGAGGAAGCUUCCUGCAGUUACAAACAAAAAGGAAAAAAGGUGGUGGGUGACAAGAACUUGGUUAUAAGGUUUGCUUCUCUUCGAUCCUUAGGAUAUGUGGACCCGGGCUGGGAACAUUGUAUUGCUCAAGAUGAAAAGAAGAAAAGAGUGAAGUGCAAUUAUUGUGAGAAAAUUAUUAGUGGAGGCAUCAAUCGCUUUAAACAACAUCUGGCUAGGAUCCCUGGGGAAGUUGCCUAUUGUGACAAGGCACCUGAGGAGGUGUACCUUAGAAUCAAGGAGAACAUGAAAUGGCAUCGCACUGGAAGAAGGAAUCGGAAACCUGAGUCUAAAGAGAUAUCCACUUUCUAUACCAACUCAGAUAACGAGGAUGAAGAGGAGGAGCAGGAGGGAGGGUUGUUGCAAUAUUCAAGUAAGGAUUUGCUGGCCAUUGAUGAUAAAAUUUCAGACAAUGACAUCAGAAAUAAUAUCAAGGGGAGGUCCCCUGGUAGCAGCAGCAACGGUGCUGAACCACCAAUGAAAAGAUCAAGAUUGGAUUCAGUGUUUUUGAAGUCUCUUAAAAACCAAACAUCAUCGCACUACAGGCAAACAAAAGCAAGGAUGGGUUUUGAGAAGAAAGCUCUAAAGGAAGUGAUCUCUUCCAUCUGCAAAUUCUUUUAUCAUGCAGGAAUCCCUUCAAAUGCAGCAAAUUCCCCAUAUUUCCUCAAAAUGCUGGAGUUGGUUGGCCAAUACGGGCCUGGUCUGCAGGGACCUUCAAGCCAACUACUAUCUGGUCGGUUUCUUCAAGAUGAGAUCAUUACAAUAAAAGAAUAUCUUGAAGAGUUUAAGGCAUCUUGGACAAUUACUGGCUGUUCUAUUGUUGCUGAUAGUUGGAACGAUCUCCAAGGUAGGACAUCAAUUAACCUUUUGGCCUGUUGUCCCCGAGGUGCAUACUUUGUUUCUUCUAUUGAUGCCACUGAUAUGAUAGAAGAUGCCGCAAGCCUUUUCAAGUUGUUGGACAAGGUGGUGGAAGAAAUUGGUGAGGAAAAUGUUGUUCAGGUAAUCACUAAAAACACUGCCAGUUUUAAGACUGCUGGGAAGAUGCUUGAAGAGAAAAGGAGAAAUUUAUUUUGGACACCAUGUGCUAUCCAUUGCAUUGAUCAAAUGGUAGAGGACUUUUUGAAUAUAAAAUGGGUAGGAGAGUGCAUAGAUAAGGCUAAAAAAGUUACAAGGUUUAUUUACAACAAUACUUGGUUGUUGAAUUAUAUGAAAAAAGAAUUCACAAAGGGACAAGAACUUCUCAGGCCAGCUGUUACUAAGUUUGGCACUACAUUCUUCACUUUGCAAAGUUUGUUGGAACAAAGGGUUGGUCUUAAGAGAAUGUUCGAAUCAAAAAAAUGGAUAUCUUCCCGAUUUCCCAAAUCAGAUGAUGGUAGAGAAGUUGAAAAAAUUGUCUUAAAUGCCACAUUCUGGAAGAAGGUGCAGCACGUGAAAAAAUCUUUAGAACCGGUUGCGCAUGUUCUUCAGAAGAUAGAUGGUGAUGAAACCCGAUCAAUAGCAUAUAUAUAUAAUGACAUGUGCAGAGCUAAACAUGCAAUUAAAAUUAUUCAUGGGGGUGAUGCACGGAAAUAUGGACCUUUCUGGACUGUGAUAGAAAACCAGUGGAGCUCUCUGUUUCACCACCCGCUUUACGUGGCUGCUUACUUUCUAAAUCCAUCUUACCGCUAUCGACCUGAUUUCCUAUUGAAUCCUGAGGUUAUUCGGGGUCUAAAUGAAUGUAUUGUUCGACUGGAAGUUGACAGUGGCAAAAGAAUUUCUGCAUCCAUGCAGAUCCCUGAUUUUGUGUCUGCGAAAGCUGAUUUUGGAACUGAUUUGGCUAUUAGUACUAGAAUGGAGCUUGAUCCAGCGGCAUGGUGGCAACAACAUGGGAUAAGUUGCUUAGAGCUUCAACGAAUGGCAAUUCGUAUACUAAGCCAGACAUGCUCAUCUCUCAUAUGUGAACACACUUGGAGUAUAUAUGAUCAAGUUCAUAGUAAAAGGCAUAGUACUGUAUCCCGGAAGAGAUGGAAUGAGCUUACCUUUGUCCACUAUAAUUUGCGUCUAAGAGAACGCCAACUAGGAAGAAAGCCUGGUGAUGUGGUCUCAUUUGACAACUUAAUUACUGAAAACAUACUGGAUGACUGGCUUGUAGAGUCAGAGAAACAAACCAUGCAAGAAGAUGAGGAGAUCCUUUAUAACGAGAUGGAACAAUUUGAUGGAGACGAAAUGGAUGAGAAUGACCAUCAAGAUGUGGCUCAUCAAACCUGGAGUGCAAAAGGAGAAGAUUCAGCUUCAGCCACAUAUGCUCGAGUUGUGAGGACUGGAGUACCAAGAGCGCAUGGUGGAAGAAGCAAUCGUGCUCUGAUUCAGAUCCCUUUCCUUUUUAUUAUUCUGGGAACGGUUGGACUGGGGGGGUUAAAUGCCACCAGGGCUUACAAAAAGCAGAAAGAGGCGCAUCCUUCUCACAACCCUUUUCUUCCGUGAUGUGAUAUCCGCAGCAGAAUCCGUUUGGAUUUAUUUAGAGGUUAUUAUUUAACCUCAGCAUCAGGAUGUGGUUGUGAUUAUGAUGCAUCGCAUCAAUGUGGUUUGGCUGUAUGGCAUGCUGCUCAUGGGUGUGUUCAUGCUCAUCAUCAUCAUUAUUAUCAUCAUGUUGACUGCAGAUAUAAAUUAAUUAUCAUCAUCAUUAUUAUUACAUCUGAGGUUUCGCCGUCUCUAUAAUUUUUUAACCUUUGUGGGCAGUUAACUAGGAAAUGAGAAAACUGCAGUUGUGAGAUAAUUUCCAUGGCUUGAACUUUUGAGUUCAAGUGUAGCUAUUAGAAUGUAUUGAUAUGAUA